UUAAAGAAAGUCUCACAUGCGUAAAACUCUGGAUGUGCGUAUUUUCUUUGUGAAUAGCAGAGAAGAAACGCGGAUCGGUCGCUGUAGCGGCAGAUGCGGCGGCAGAUGCGGAGCGUUGGGGGCGAGGGGGGGGCUGGUGCGAAGUUUAAUGUAAAUAUGUGACCAGGACCCGGGAGGCUGUGACAUGGAUCAGUCCACCACUCUGGACAUAGAGUCACUGAAGAUCACCCAGGAGCAGUUCAUCCUCGCUUCCCAGUCCCUGCACCUCCAGCGACCGGGCUGCGAUGCCGUCUACCCGGUGGGCCUGUACGGCUGGAGGAAGAGAUGCCUCUACUUCUUCCUGCUGCUGCUCCUGGUCACCAUGAUCGUUAACCUGGCGCUCACCGUCUGGAUCAUAAAAGUCAUGAAUUUCUCAGUGGAUGGAAUGGGAAACCUCCAUUUAAACCAGGACGGGAUUCGCCUGGAGGGGAUCUCCGAGUUCCUCCUGCCUCUCUAUGUGAACGAGAUCCAGUCCAGAAAGGAAAGCUUGCUGGUGUUCCGAUCAGAAAAGAACGUGACGCUGAACGCCAGAGACGACCGAGGCCAGCUGACCGGCCAGCUCACAGUGGGCUCUGAAGGCGCCGUGUUUGGGCAUUCAGUAGAAACUCCUCUGAUCCAGGCGAGAGCAUCCGAAGACCUGAGAUUGGAGUCUCCAACACGGACUCUGACCAUGGAGGCUCCCAGGGGGGUCGAGGCGAGCGCUGCCAAGGGGCCGCUGAAGGUCAGCAGUCGAAAGGACCUGCAUCUGGAGUCAACGGAGGGAGAGAUCCUUUUAGACGCCAACACCGUGCAGCUGGGCAGCCUCCCGCUCGGCGUCUACACGGCGUCCCCCAGUCAGGCCUCCCAUGAGCAGGCCGUGUACGAGGUGUGCGUCUGCCCCAGCGGCAAGAUCUACCUCUCUCCUGCCGAGAGCAGCUCCACCUGCCAGGCCAUGAGCAACAUCUGCCUCUGGAGCUGACCUGGUGAUCGAAGGACACCGCGAACAUCUGCCCUGGAUCAGCUGAGGUUGAGACUCAUUUGACGUCGGAGCUCAAACUCUUCGGUUCCUGAGCUGUUCGGAUUAUUUCGGAGGCGUCUGACACCAGCGGUGGUCGAACUGAAGGUCAGGACUCACCGCUGGCGGAGGAACUUCAGUCAGCUCUCUCUGAAAUCAGGAAUAUCUCAAACAUUUCUACUACCUUCUAUCGCAGUCAGAGGACACGACUUUUAUUUUUCUACUCUUAAGUUCAACGUUAACACGCAGCGGCUGUCUUUAGGAUUCAAAGAGAACAAGAAAAGACCAAACACAGGUGCCUUCUGCUGUGAAAGAACUCACGUCGAACCCGUCUGUGUCAAAGGUUAUAGAAGUUGAGAUGGUAGAAAGGGAAGUAAGCACAAUUCUCUCAUGGGUUUUUAGAUUAUUUUUGAACUUUCUUAGUUUUACUGUUAUCCCCCGUGUUAGCAGCUGUUUUUGAAAUGAAACAUGUUCUUGUGUGGCACAUCACACUCGACCUUGAUAAAGACGAGGGAAACGACAUAAACGUGGCUGUUUUGAAUGUUCACGUUGUAAAACUCCUUCACUUUAAGGUAAAUAUCCUUUUUUUAAAUGAUGUUUACUAUGACGGAGUCUUGGGGCCAUAUUGAACGAAAAGAUAUUGAGAUUUAGAGAAUAAGGUCCUAAUAUUACAAGAAUAAAAUUGUUAUUAAAUGUAAUUGAAUGAUCAGCAAAGUUCAAUUCCUUCUGUAUCUAAAAUCUGGUCUAACAGUCUCGUCUUUGAAUAUCACGCAGACGAAACAGGAAGUUUCCUCCGAGUCUGUCUGGUUCUUUUUUCAGUUUCUUGCAGAAUCUUAGUCCUGAUACUUGUGGUGCUGAUGAGCACAAAUAUCAGUAUUUUGUUAUUUUUUGAAUCCUUUGCUAAAGUAUAACUGAACAAAAUGCUUCAUAUUCUUCAUUUUAACACAGGCGACAGACUGAUCUUCUGAUAAUCCCCCUCUAAAAUGACACGUCGCCUUAAAUGAUGCCUUUAUUCUCAUGCAUCAGAAACAAAACAAAAAUCUCACAGUGUCCCUUGUAUCUCCAUCAUCGGAUGGAAUUUAUUCAGUUUUUGUGGAAUUAUAAAUGUAAAGAUUUCCUGCAUUUCAAACCUCUUCUCGUUCAUUUAAAGUUGUGCUGCCACUUCAUUCUUGACCUUGGAAACUGUAGUUAAGAAAAUCUCACCACAAGCUUUUUGAUCAUGUUACAUAAUCCUCUGAAGGAGUGAGACGUCUUUAAUCUACAGAUCCAUGACAACAGGGCACCUCCAUCUACUGAUGAAGCCCAAGAGUCUUUUCUUUAAAGAUCAUGAAUACAGAUGUAAUCUUUAAUUCAUCUUUUGCGAAGUUUAAAGAAACUCUUCUGGAUGUUAAGACCCCACCCAGUGCGUGAACUCUCCGAGGCGGCGGCCCUCGGUGGGGUGUGUCACUGGAGCCUGGCUGACCUUGGCUCCGCAGCUGAGGGCGAGGCAGGCCGCCAUGUUACAGCAGGUCUGCUGGAGCACAAGGUCUCGCUCCACGCCACUUCCUCAUCCUCCAUCAUCGGCCUCCAGCAGCUUGUUUGGUAAGAGUUACCGUGGCAUUUUAACAAGAGCUUAGCUGAUC